UUAUUAUCUGUGUUAACCAAUACGUGGCGAUGAUAGAAAUUGUUCCGAGCGCCUGAGUGAAAAGAAUAUCAAACUCUUUUUAUGUGAACAUAUUGCACUUCAUUUGGGUAGGAAAAUAAGUAAACAAUGAGAGUGUGAGAGUUAUUUAUUAAAUAAAACAUACAAAAGGAUGCCACCUAAACGGAAGUUAGGGCGACCGCCUGGGUCCAAAACGAAAAGGAAAAAGACAUCUCCUAAACAUCAGAAAAAUGCUUCAGUAGUGAUAAAGAAGAAAGAAAAAGAGUCAUCUUCUGAAACAGAUAUUGAAUAUAUCUGUAAUAUUUGCAAUAAAAAAUUCCUAACUGGUCAGGAACUGUUGAAACAUCACAAAAAUUGUAAAGCUGUGGUUCCCAUAUUAUCUGAUGGUGGUGUCAGGAAGGCAGAGUUCAGUUGUAAUGAAUGUCGCAAGAAGUUUAGAUUCCAAAAAAGUUUCAAAAAGCAUUGUUUGCUGGAGCACUCCAAGUUACCUAACAGUGUGGCUUGUGAUCAAUGUGAUGUCAAGUGUCCCACUAAGAGAGUUCUGAUAGAGCACAUCAAGAAGGUUCACGAUAGAGACAUUUAUGAAUGUCCACACUGCAAGCGUCAGUUUGUGAGACGCUCACAUGUGUUUCGACAUAUGGCACAGAGUGGAUGCGAUGGACAUGGAGGUGCCUCUUUUAUGUGUGAAAUAUGUGAGUCAAAAUUUUCAAGAAAAGACAAUUUAAUGGCCCAUAUAAGAAUGCAACAUAUAAUUCCCAAUGCUUUCACCUGCAAGCAGUGUUUAUACUCUACAAAGAAUUUUUCGAAAUUGGUUAAUCAUUGGCACAAACAUCAUUCAGAAACCCCUGAUCAAUACCAAUGUCACCACUGUAGCAAGUGGACAAGCUCACGAGCAGCGAUGACCAAGCAUCUUGAGAUACAUGGCGAGAAGAAGUAUGCAUGUGAUGUGUGCGGCUACAGUACAUAUACGAUCGAGGUGAUGCGCCGCCACGUGCUCACCCACGUCGAAGACAAGCCGUACAAGUGCACACUGUGCGGCAACUCGUACAUCCAGCGCGUGCAGCUCGCGCGACAUCUCGAGAAGCACAGCGGCAACAUGUGCCUCAAGUGUGGCAACACCUUCACCACCAGGGCCCAGUUGCUGAUUCACCUCAGAGAGCAUAUGGGACUAGAGAAAUUAUUCUGUCCGGUUGAAAGUUGUCCAUUAGUAUCAAAAGAAUUCAUCAAUGAGGCCAGCUGGCAAAACCAUUUGAAAAUCCACAUGGAUGACAAGCCGCACAGCUGCGACGUGUGCGGCAAGCAGUUCCACUCGGUGGUGAACCUGCGGCGGCACCUGGAGACGCACACGCUGGACCGGCCGCGGCGCUGCAUGUACUGCGUGUCGGCGCGCGCCUACGUGCGCGGCCUGCAGCUCAUCCGCCACGUGCGCAAGCACCACCCUGCCGUCUUCCGCGGACACCUCGCGCACGUCAGACAAGUGCUCGGAAGCAAUUCGAAUAUUUUAGACAGAGUGAAGAAGUCUGAAAUUGAAUCUAUAUUAAAUCUGUUGGACGUGGAGUCUGAUCGCAUUUUGCAAGGUUAUAGUGGAGCCGGCGUUCUGUACGGCGGGAUGCAGGACGAAGACGAGAGUAGUUCUAGCAAUAAUAAAGAGGAGAAAAUGAAAGGAAAUAGUCCACUUAUGUCAGAGGAAGAACUCACUGAGAAUUUAAGGAAGCUACUAGCCCAACUAAUUGAUAAUGAAACACUUAAUCUGUUUGGGUGGCCCGAAGAGAGUGUAGAUGUGGUGUUAGAAAAAGUGAUUGAGCAAUGCGGUGCGAAGGCCGCUGACCGCGACAAAUGGACGCGCGUGCAGCGCUUGCGCGAGAACUCGAAGCAUUUGUUCCUGUACGUGCUCGAAGACAAGAACAUCGCGCGUAUGCUCGACACGCACACCAUCGACCAGAUCAUCAAGCACAUCCUCAAGCAAGUCAGCGACGAGGAUACUAAGGAUGUCAAAUAAUGCACAGGGCAGAAACCAAAAAGUGUUUGUGCCAGAGCAAAGACAAGCGAACCAUUGUCGCCCGAGCUCACUGAAACUUGCACGUUGCUGCUGAUAAAAACACGUACCGUGAUCGCACACGGCUUCCGAUAAAAGUUAUAUUGCCAAAUGUUAUUUCAUCAAUUUAAAUAUUUUUUACAUUUUAAUUAAUUAUAGGUAAAUAAGUUUAUUAUUCCGUGAUAGGGUUUUAUGAAGGUAGAUAUAUUUUAUCAAAAGUUGGGCACCUUAUUUUUUAUUGCAAUAAAUGUUUAGGUAAAGAAUACAAUUAUAAUUUAUAGAUAGUAAAACAUUAUCGUGUACGCAUAAAAGUUUAUUGUAGAGCUGGACUGGAUAUUUGAUACAACUGUUAUACUUUUAUGAUUUUAAAGCAUUCUGUUUCUAUAUUUUCAAUUCAAAACGGGUAAUGCAUUGUUUAACCCAUUAGAAGUCAGUGUCACUUCACUGUUACAGGGACUUCUAAUGGGGUAACUAUCAGUGUAGGUAUUUAAGUUCGGCUGUAUUAUUUUACCUUUAAAUAUAAAUGAGCUCUACCAUAAAAAUUGAACAAACAACCUAUAAUAACCUGCAUUUAUUAGUAAUGAUCACAGAGUUUAUCCAAAACAGGGCUUUAUUCUUUUGACAAAAUAGAUUAUUUCUAUGUAAUCACAUAGAUAGGCUAUAUUUUGUCCACUGCUUAUUUUAACUAUAAGUUUUAAUUAAAGAUUAUAUAAUUUAAUUCAGAAUAUUAUGUUCUUUGAUCAAAAAUAUUGUUGACAAUUAUUAUUUUUAAGUUAUCAGUUAUGUCUAAUGUUUUUUUUUAAUUCUGUAUUGCUGAUCAAAAGCAGCAGAAAAUCAUGCGCUACUUAGCACCCGGGUAGGGUACCUGCUAGGUAGAACCUGGUCACAUACUAACUGCAACUUCCCAAAAGGAGGAUCGGUGUUCGAUACAUAUGUAUCCUAAAGGAAUAAAUAACAAUAAACCGAAAAAUAAUAAUAUUAUAUAAUUAAUAAUAAUUGAAAUAAUAUUAUAUAAUAAUUGAAUACCGAUAAAGUAAAACCAGCCAAGUGCGAGUCGGAUACGAAAGGUUCCGUUCUUAUAUACAUAUCUAUAAAAAUAACGCUGUGUGGCUGCUCACUAAAAUAUUUGUUUUGUUCUAAGUUAUUUUCUUUUUUUUAAAAGCAGCAAUAAUAAUACAUACUUCGUGAAAAUUACAACUGUUUGGCUGUCACGGUUCUCGAGGUACAGUCUUAGUGACAAACAGUAAAGGCCCGUUUUAACCUUGGGGUAUGGGACUCAAAAAAAUUAUAAAAUGUUGGACACUUUUUUGUUUUGUAAGUACCACCUCUGUAUUGCAAAGUGCUGAUGAUUUUCAUAAAUUUUAUGUGUGUGUACUCAGGCACCACCUAGACGAUCAAUUAAAUUGCGAAAUACAUAAAAUAACAAAAAAAAUAUUGUGCAGUUCCUAAAAAUCAUUGUUCGAUCUUCAAUAUUAUUAGCUCCAAACAGACAAUAAAUAUGCACAAUUUGACAAAUUGCGCAAUUUAAUUGUUCCUCUAACCAACAGAUAGCGUGAGUUGUCUAUGUAGGCUUAUAUUGAUGAAACCAAAAUUUUGAGAUAAAAGUAACCCCUAUUUACUUUUGUUUCAGAGAUAAAAAUUAAAUAAAAAUACGUUUUAGUGCCUUAUUAUUGAACUGAAGUGUUACUAUUUUCAAUAGCGAUGUUGUUUUAAUACUUAAUCAUUAUAUUAAAUUGUUUACGGUUAUGGUUAUAGUGAUAUUAAAUCCAUUCUUAUAAAUAGUGCA